CUCGCAAUCGACCCUCGGAUAAGAAAACAAUCCAUCGCCGCAUGGUGACGUCACGCCGUUGAUCGGUAACACUGGCUCGGCGGUUGGUGGGCGGGCGGCAGAUUUUCGCGUGGACGCGCCGCCAGAGGUUGAAGUGCAUACAUCAUUAUUCAUGGUUAAAACCCAAGCACACGCAGUCAGUCACACUAUCGCGAGCAAACCCAAUAAGGCACGGGGAGCGUGCGUCCGUAUUUUUUUUUCAUUUUGGAAAUGCGGCCGCUGUCACGGAUAAGGAGCAUGAGGAGGAGGAUGGAUGCCUAACAGGACGGAGCGUGCCAGGUGUGGCCUGCUUCCAACAGCGACAUCUGGCCGGUGAGUCGCACCGACAGCACCCGCUUUGCCAGGCGCACACCUCGGCGUGUGCAAACAAACGCGGGGAGGAAGAGGAGGAGGAGGGAGGCUCCGUUUCACCGCAGCCGCCUUCCUCGUGCCGGCCCCGACGCCAGCUCAGCAGCAGCCCAACUCUGGACUCUUUAGCGCCAAGGUAGCAGAGAUGGAGGAAGUGGACUCACAUGCAGAAGGUCCGAUGGCGAGCGGCCGUGGAAAAUCAUCGGACGCCAACUCAAACACCACCACCAACCUGCUGGCUUCUGUCAAAGAACAGGAGCUGCAGUUUGAACGGCUGACCCGGGAGUUGGAGGAGGAGCGUCAGAUUGUGGCGAGCCAAUUAGAAAGGUGUAUGCUAGGAGCCGAGUCGCCAGUGGCCGACAGCAGCAGCUCAUCCGAGAAGUCUUUUGCUUGGAGGACAGCAGGAGACCCACAGGGCAUAGCUGCAUCUGCAUGUCAAGGUCAUCGCAUGGAGGCAGAGGAGGGGGUCUACCCGCCUGAAGCGGACCGCGCAUCCCUGCAUGACAGUGAGGGCUCGGGGGGCCACUCGGCUCAUAUGACUUCCUAUUCAGACAGUGGCUACCAGGACAGCAGCGUUAGUUACUACAGCAACCAGAACAUCGUGCGUUCUGAGCCACGUGCCUCGGUGUCGAGAAGCCCAAGAGCUGAGGGUCAAGCGUCUGUGCAGCCAACAGGCCGAAUGCUGCGAAGGAUGGCAUCCCUUCCUUCCAGGAGCCAGUCUCCCGGUUGCACCGCUGCCGGCACCGUCUCCCCCUCCCGCAUUUCAUUACGGACAUCCCAAGGUAGCACCUACGACUCCCCCAUCCUUUCCGAGCCCAAACCACUGGCCACGGUCUUCCCCGGAACCAGCAUGCCACCCUCCUGCCCGUCACCCUCCUCCCCGGGCGAGGACAGAGGUGUUAGCAGCGUCGGCCGUCUUGGCUCCACUCUCUCCCUUAUUGAGGGGAGGGGUUUGUUGGGGUCACCCCUCCGCUCCGGGAUGACCGCGGUACCCCAGCAUUACGGAGCCACGCUGCCUAGACAGAGUCAGUCACUGGCCUACGGAGCUGACCCGUAUGGCUUGUACCAAAGGAGUGCCCUGCCACGCCCUGACAGCCUUAUAGGCCUUCACAGUUCAUACGCCAGUCAGUCUGGCCAGAUUGACCCGGAGCUGAGGGCAGCGUUGUCUCCAGAUUCUCACAUGACGCCAGUUUUCGAUGACCACACUUUCCACAGCCCCUUGUAUCACAGCCCCACCCAAGAACUACAAGGCUCGGUCUACGGGACAGGUGCAGGUGUGGGGACACUCCGUCGAGCCACAAGCCACUGCAGCACUCUGCCGUACCAAAGAAGCAGCUACGGGCUAAACAAUGCCACCGUAUACGUCGACUCCUUCAGGAUCCCCGGCGAGCCGCUCUACUCGCAUCAGCACUCUGAGCUGGUUGAGCGGAUGGUCACCCGCACUCCAUCCAUUGAAAGCAUCCACAAAGACCCCAGGGAAUUUGCGUGGCGAGACCCUGAGCUGCCAGAGGUCAUCCACAUGCUACAGCACCAUUUCCCAUCCGUGCAGGCCAAUGCAGCCGCUUAUUUACAGCACCUUUGUUUUGGAGAUAACAGGGUCAAAGUGGAGGUCUGUCACCUAGGAGGUAUCCAGCACCUGGUGGAUUUGCUGGACAACAAGGCAGCAGAAGUACAGAAAAGUGCCUGUGGGGCCUUGAGGAACCUUGUGUAUGGGAAAGCCACAGACAACAACAAGGUGGCGUUGAGGAACUGUGGUGGAGUCCCUGCGCUGCUCCGCCUCCUCAGAAAGACAACAGACAACGAAGUCCGUGAACUGGUGACUGGGGUCCUCUGGAACCUCUCCUCUUGCGACGCGGUGAAGAUGACCAUCAUUCGGGAUGCUUUGACCACACUGACCAACACGGUGGUCAUCCCCCACUCAGGGUGGAGUAGCUUGUCACACCGUGAACAACACAAGAUCAAGUUUCAAUCCUCUCUACUGCUACGGAACACCACCGGAUGUCUGAGGAACCUGAGCUCGGCUGGAGAGGAGGCCAGAGGUCAGUUGCGUUGCUGUGAGGGUCUGGUGGACUCACUGCUCCACAUUCUCAAAGCCUGUGUCAAUACCUCGGACUAUGACAGCAAGAUUGUAGAGAACAGCGUGUGCACACUGAGGAACCUUUCAUAUCGGCUGGAGGUAGAGAUGCCAUCCUCUCGGCUCCUUGGCAACCAGGAGCUCGACACCCUCCUGGGGUUCUCCACAGCUAAGGAACUGGACUACAUCUGCUGGGGGAAGAGGAGGCGUGGGAGGAAGAGGACAGACUGGCCAGAUGAAAAACAGUGGGACGCCAGCGGACCCAUUCCAGGCUUUUCCCAGGCUCUGAGGGGUGCCGAGCUACUGUGGCACCCAUUGGUGGUCAAACCAUACCUCAACUUGCUGGCUGAAAGCUCAAACUCUGCCACGCUCGAGGGGGCUGCGGGAUCACUCCAAAAUCUAUCUGCAGGAAAUUGGAAGUUCUCAACCUACAUCCGAGCAGCGGUGCGCAAGGAGAAAGGUUUGCCCAUCCUGGUAGAGCUGCUGAGGAUGGACAACGACCGUGUCGUCUGCUCUGUCGCCACUGCCCUGCGCAACAUGGCGCUCGACGGACGCAACAAGGAGCUUAUAGGAAAGUACGCCAUGCGGGAUCUGAUAAACCGGCUGCCUGGCGGAAAUCCAUCUGUGUUGUCGGACGACACAGUGGCGUCCGUUUGUUGCACCCUGCACGAGGUCACCAGCCGCAACAUGGAGAACGCCAAAGCUCUGGCUGACAGCGGCGGCAUCGAGAAACUGGUGGAAAUCAGCAAAGGGAGAGGCAAAGGGUAUUCAAUGAAGGUUAUGAAAGCAGCUGCUCAGGUGUUGAACACACUGUGGCAGUACCGAGAGCUGAGGAGCCUCUACAAACAGGACGGCUGGAACUACACUCACUUUGUCACACCGGUCUCCACUUUGGAGCGAGACCGCUACCGCUCGCAGCCGACACUCCCCACCAGCCCCAUACACAUGCCUCCGGUCAUCCAGUCUGGUGGGAGCGCGACAUCCUCACCGGCGAUGCUCGGGAUCAGGAGGCACAGCUCAAACUACCCUAGAGCGCAGUCGUCUAUGCAACUCGACACUUACUACGGGGAUAACAGUUUACACAAACAUCAGUACACAGGCUCAGAGAAGAAAAGUGCUUAUUUCAUCGGCACGUACAGCUCACAUUCUGGAGACGAGCUGAGAAGGACCCAGCACCCGGAGCCAUUCUACGAUGAACCAGAUAGGAAAAACUACAACAGACUUUACCUUUCGUCGCCACAAGGCUAUGGAACAGACCAGUACGAUGACGACCCGGUCCACUUGACCCCGUCUUCACCAGAUGGCUACGUCAGCCAGCCGAUCUCGUUCAAAAGCAACACCAACUAUGUGGACUUCUACUCCACCACACGGAGGCCUUCCAACAGGGCCAACAAGUUCACAGGAUCUCCCGACUCAUGGGUGUGAAAAUAUACACAGUAGUUGACCGUGAACAAUUGUGGGUGAGAAGGCAAUGGCGCAUAUGAGUGCUCAGAGAUCCACACCACCACAUAUGCUUAGACUAGUCCUAAAAGAUGAACCAAAAUGGCAUCAGGUAACAUCUGUCUUAUGCUGGUGAGCUUUUCAUGGAUGAAAUCAGUGACCAGCCAAAAAGCUUACUUCUCUUAAGUCAUUAUUAGGGUCCAAAGACGGAUGCUGAGGAAGCCUACACUGAUGUUGUGUUUACUAAAUGCAAUUUGUUUUCUCUGAAGUACAUGUGUGCAGUCUGUUGGCUUCAUAAUGUAAUAAAAACAGAACGAGAAACAGUUUAUGUUGGUCAUACUAGCAGCAUAAACUUUUUUUCCUAAUACUGUUGGGUUCAAAACUAUUUAACCCCCCACUUCAGUAUAGUGUUGUAGUACGAUAUAUCAUCUAUUUUAUUCAUAAUCAGAUUAAGUUAAGACUAUUAAAAUCGACAAGUACGUUUGUCUAUAUUAUACUUAAAUCCUUAUUUGAUCUGUUUAUGAAUGAGAUGAAAACAUAAAAACCUGUCAGACUUACUAAAACACUAUUCAGGAGUGGGGGGUGAAAAUUUUGAACACAACUGUAUAUGUUAACAGGAUAAGUAUGUAUAACAGGGAUGCGAAAUUCUGAUAGCACCAAACAUGUCGUCCAAAAACAUAGGUUUCAAGAUUUUCUUGCCCAAGUCGGAAAAGAGCAGGCUCACUGGUGUGUGUUCCCAUAUUUUUGAGCCUUAAAAAGGAGAACUUGUUGCUGUUCUAUGUCGGACAAAGGUGCAGUAGUUGACCAUGAAGUAUGUGGAAAAAUAUCUAUUUGUACAGAUAAAAUGUUGGAACUGUCCUGUUGAACUGUUGUAUUCAAUCUGUAAAACUUUAUAUGUGAAAAUGUGAGGAAACGUUUUAUAUUAUUUAUGAAUUAUUUAUUCUGUGACCUGACCAACCUGACAAAGCUGUCUGUUCUGUCCAAAACUGCUGAAGAUUAUGUGCAAUGUUACAAAUGGGAAUACUGUAUAUGAGUAGGGGGAGGGGGGAAUUGUGAUGAAAAGGUAUAAUAAAA